GUGGCACGCAGGGUCCCCCGGCUGCCACGGCACCAUGGCCUCACGCAUCCUGCACCGCCUGCGGCACGCGCUGACUGGGGAAGGGGAGCAGGAGGGGCUGCCGGCCUGCGGCUUGGAAGCCGAAGAGUUUCCGGAGAGCUCCGAGCUGGAGGACGACACAGAGGGCCUCUCCACGCGCCUCAGCGGGACGCUGAGCUUCACCAGCAACUAUGAGGAGGAGGACGAAGCGGAGGAGGAAGCCGCCCCCGGUGGGAUUAGACCGGGCCCGGGAGACACCCAGGAUUCAGAGCUGCUGGGGGUGGCCCCGGAGGAUGGAGAGCACAGCCCCCCCUUGGCCGAGCGCCAGGGCAGCAACAUGCUCACCCGGCAGCUGCAAGAGCUCUGGCGGAAGUCGCGGGGCAGCCUCAUGCCCCAGCGCCUCCUCUUCGAGGUGACCAGCGCCAACGUGGUCAACGAGCGCAGCUCCAAGUACGUGCUCUACACCGUCUACCUGAUCCGGGCGGGGCAGUUUGACAAGGCCCCCGCCACCAUCACCCGGCGCUACUCGGACUUUGAGCAGCUGAACCGGCACCUGCGCCGCCGCUUCAGCGGCGACAUGGCCGGCGUCUCCUUCCCGCGGAAGCGGCUGCGGCGCAACUUUACCGCCGAGACGAUCGCCAAGCGCAGCCGGGCCUUCGAGCAGUUCCUCUCCCACCUGCACUCCCUGCCCGAGAUCCGCCACUCCGCCGAGUUCCAGCAGUUCUUCUUCUUGAGCGACCUGCGGGCAGCACAGCGCCUGACAUGCACGGGCCUGUACUGCGAGGCGCUGGCGGCGUGGACCAACGCCCACCGGCUGCAGGACAAGCUGGGCGCGUGCCGCACGGGCCACUUCUUGCUGACCCUGGCAGGGCUGGCCGUCUGCCACCAGGAGCUGGAGCAGCUGGCCGAGGCCCACGCUGCCAGCGAGCAGGCCCUGCAGCUCCUGGAGGCCCAGAACAGCCACCCGCUGCUGGCCCCCUUCCUGCAGGCCCACGUCCACCUGACCUGGAUGCUGGGUCAGGACAAGCGGCAGGCGGAAGCCCGCCUCCAAAGCCUGCAGGACGCCGGCCUGGCCGGGCCACAGCCCCCGACCCUGAAGGAGCUCCUCGUCAAGCAGCCGCUGCCCUGAGUCUGCGGGAGGACGUGCGGGAG